AUGGAUACUGGGUCCCCGGGGCCAGCAGGGCAUGUACGGUCCGAAAGGAGAUGAGGGUCUCCGUGGCUUUAAGGGCCUUAAAGGACCAAUAGGAUUACAGGGCAUGCCCGGUCUACCAGGAGAGAAGGGUGAGAGUGGCCAUGUGGGACUAAUGGGUCCACCUGGUCAACAAGGCCCUAAUGGUCCUCAAGGACCUGUUGGGGGACAGGGUCCGACUGGUCGACCCGGGAUGGUAGGACAACCAGGUAUUGUUGGAGAGAAGGGGGAGGAUGGCGAAGCAGGUGACCCUGGUUCAGUUGGUGUUCCAGGAAGGCUAGGAGGAAAAGGAGACCAGGGGGAGAAGGGAGAUACGGGCCCUUCAGGAGCAGCUGGUCCCCCAGGAGCCAGGGGCACCGCAGGAGAGGAUGGAGCCAAGGGCAAUGCUGGUCCUAUAGGUCUCACGGGAGACCUUGGACAACAGGGAGAGGCUGGACCCAAUGGUGUGGAUGGUCUGCCCGGGUCCAAAGGAGACAUAGGAGACCCUGGGAAAUCUGGACCACCAGGUGCGGCAGGAGAACCUGGACCACCUGGACCUCCUGGGCGAAGGGGCCACUUGGGAAAACAAGGGAAGGAAGGAAAGGCAGGCCUGAAAGGAGCGAAGGGUGCUCCCGGUUUGGAGGGUCCCAUAGGCAAGACAGGGCCUGUAGGUGCCCAGGGUCACCCUGGGAAACCUGGGCCUCAAGGUUUAAGAGGGAUCCCUGGCCCUGCAGGUGAGCAGGGUUUAAAUGGACCCCCAGGCCAGACAGGACCCCCAGGUCCCAUGGGUCCACCGGGAUUACCUGGACUGAAAGGAGACCAUGGCAAGAAGGGAGACAAGGGUCAUGGUGGUCUAAUAGGUCUGAUAGGGCCACCAGGAGACAUGGGAGAGAAAGGCGACAGAGGACUGCCAGGAAACCAGGGACUACCUGGUCCAAAAGGAGAUGAGGGUCCGCUUGGUUCACCAGGUCCUCACGGUCCCCUUGGCCCCACGGGUCUGUCUGGUGCUAUUGGUUUAAAGGGCUCAAAAGGAAACCAGGGUCCAAUUGGUCCCAGAGGAGACACUGGGCCUGCAGGACCUCCAGGACCACCAGGAUUGCCAGCAGCUGGGAUUUCCCCUCUGCCAGAGCGAGGACGGAGAAGGAGAACCCACACCUUGGUGGAUGGUGCUACAUUUGAAGUGGAAGAGGAGGAGGGGGAUGCGAUAGAUGGAAGAGAGGAAGAAUGGAUGCAGGGGGACCAGGCAGAGCAGCACGGUGGGAUGAAGGAGAAGGAGGGCCAAGGCAUGGAGGAAGUGUUUGCAUCUCUGUCCUCUAUGAAAGUAGAGGUGGAGGGUCUGCGUAACCCACAAGGGACGUACCACAGCCCCGCCCGCACCUGUAAGGAGCUCUGGCUCCUCCACCCAGAUCUCCCCAACGGUGAGUACUGGAUAGAUCCAAACCAGGGUUGCCAUAGAGACUCCUUCAAGGUGUUUUGUAACUUCACUGCACAGGGAGAGACGUGUCUGUACCCUGACAAGAAGUUCCAGUCGGUGAAGUUAGCAGCCUGGAAAGGGGAGAAGCCCGGAACCUGGUACAGUAAAUUCAGGAAAGGAAAACAGUUUUCCUACUCAGGGUCAGACAGCGUUCCAGUCCACGUGGUCCAGUUGACAUUCCUGCAGCUGCUCAGCGCGACAGCCAAGCAAACCUUCACCUACCACUGCCUCAACUCCGCCGCCUGGCUGCACGCCGCCACAAUCAGCCACGAACACGCAUUGCGCUUCAGAGGCAUCAACGGGGAGGAGCUGACACAUGAGAACACACAUUACAUCAGUGCACUGUACGACGGAUGUCAGGCUCGCUCGGGGCAAGAGAGGACAGUGUUGGAAUUUGACGCUCCGCUGUCUAACACGCUCCCCAUCAUUGACGUGUCUGUGCCAGAUUUUGGGAAAGGAAACCAGAAAUUUGGUUUCCAGGUUGGCCCGGUCUGCUACAAUGGUUAAACAAGCCGGAGAGAGAUUACAACAGGAGUAAUUUAAUAAGAAAAAGAGCCAUGGACACUUUUUAAAUGCAGGGAGAAAACUACAUUCAAGACUUACUUGGUCCCACAUAUUUAUAUAUAUAUAUAUAUUGAUUUACCUACAACAGUGUUCCUUCAUCUAAACAUUCAUUCUUUUAUGCAUUCAUUCACUCAGACUCUACAAUUCUUACCAUCUCAUACAUUCUCUCAACUGACUCAAGAGCAGUGCAUAAAUGUAUUGACUGUCCUCAGUUAAACACAUUUUUUCCUUCCUCUUUGGAGGAGUAAAUGGUGCUGUCACAGUUUCAUCCAUGUCUGUUCAUACAUUUAUUGAUGUAUGCACUCAAUUCCCAUCUAUAAAUAAUCAUACACAAGUCCCCAAACAUAAGAAUCAGUGAAUCCUCUUCAAAAAUACAAAAACACCAUGUUUCAGCAACAUUCAUCCACCGUAUUGUUCUGUGUUAUCUUCAAACCUCAAUUUGUUUUUGUUGUUGUUGCCAUUUUGUUGUUAUAAUUAUGUGAUGUAUAUUGGAGUGUAAGUCAUCACGGUGCUAUUAUGUGGCUCCUUGCGGAGUACAUUUUCUUUGUAAAAGGGAACUGGGGCAGUGCAUUUUUUUAUAUUGUGAAGCCAUGUUUUAUAUUUUUUCAAGAUAACAAACAUGAUUGCCUCAAGGUCUUUCUAUGCAUAGUUGUGUGGGGAAGUGACUGAGUAACAUAUUUUAAUAAAAGUACAUAAUGUACAUUUAAGUUAAUGUGA